CCCCCGGCCUGGCUCAGACCCAGACCUGCCCCCAAACCUUUGUAAGCCUCGGCCACGUCAUCUGUAAAAUGAGAGAAUGGAGAGGACCGUCCUUCCGGCCCUGGGACUCUGAGAUUUCCGGGGCCCUGCACCCCUGAUUGUCCAGGGAACCCCAUUCUCGUAUCAAUAAACACAUCAGAGUCAGCUGAGCGCUCUUUGAAACUGGCGAGCGGAACCGGGGGGCAAGGCUUCCGCGGUUCAAGCCAAUCACAUGUAUUGGCCCUGGCGUGCCAGCCAGUCAGAGGCCGCGUCCGUUUAGCGUCAAAAGUGGAAACACUGUGAUUGGCUCAGGGCGUUGACGCGAGGCGGUCGCUAGGCGACAGCACGCGUGAUUCGAGGCGUUGGGAGGCAGGGGCGUGUCAGCGAAUCCAGAACCAAUCCGUGGCGGGGGCAGGUAUGAUAGGGCGGGGCAUCCCCUCGCCAAUCGGAAGUGCUAGGGGGCGGGCCUGCCAGUCUGUGGACGUCACGGCGCCAUGAACAUCUUGCCCAAGAAGAGCUGGCACGUCCGGAACAAGGACAAUGUCGCCCGCGUGCGGCGCGAUGAGGCCCAGGCCCGGGAGGAGGAGAAAGAGCGCGAACGGAGGGUGCUGCUCGCUCAGCAAGAGGCCCGCACAGAAUUCCUGCGGAAGAAAGCCAGGCAUCGGAACUCGCUACCGGAGCUCGAAGCAGCAGAUGCGGGGGCCCCGAGUUCUGGCCCUGUGGACCUGUUUCGGGAGCUGCUGGAGGAGGGGAAAGGGGUGACCGGAAGCAACAAAGAGUAUGAGGAAGAAAAGCGACAGGAGAAAGAGAAGCAGGAGAAAGCGCUGGGCAUCCUGACGUACCUGGGCCAGAGCGCGGCCGAAGCCCAGACCCAGCCCCCUUGGUACCAGCUGCCCCCGGAGCGAGGGGCGCCCCCGCCCGGCCCAGGACCAGAUGUGAAGGUCAAGAACCGCCUGGACCCUCUGCUGGAGAUGCAGAAACAUUUGGGGAAGAAGAGAAGGCUCAGCGGUGACCACGGCGGACGCAGCAGAAAGGAGGCGGGGCCUGAGAAACAGCGGCCCAAAGAAUCCCCGUCCCUGGACCAGCUUCGAGCCGAACGCCUUCGGCGGGAAGCCGCUGAGAGGGCGCGGGCAGAGGCCCUGCUGGCCCGGGUCCGAGGGGGGUCACAACAGGAGGAGCCGCCAGAAGAGACAGACGAUCGGCGGAGGCGGUACAACUCCCAGUUCAACCCCCAGCUGGCCCGGCGCCCCCGCUGGCAGGACCCCCCUCUGGCUCACUGACUCCCGAGGGGUACAGGAGAGGCUGCUGCCGCCAGCCGUCAUAUAAAACUAUUUAUUCAUAAAUAUUUUCCAAAAUGAAAA